CAACUGGGGGAAAUGCGAGAUUGUGGAGAGUACCAUGUUACGCUUUUAAAGAAUCUCCAACCUCUUCGAGUCGGAAGACAGAUUUUGGAAGCAUAUUAAUUUUUUUUCUUUGUGGGAUUAACCAGCCGCAGAAGGCGCACAUUCCUCGGAGGUUCGCUGCUGAAGAAUAAAGUAGUUUAAUCGAGCCCGACCGCACUAAAAUUUUCUCCCAACUGCUCCCCCAGCCUGGCUGGGUGCGUUCUGGAGAGAGAGAGGACGAGAGAGAGGAUGCUUGUCGAAAACUGCGUCCACCAGGCUUACAUUAGGAGGGGAUUAAACGCAUGAAUUAUAGCCUUCUCAGUAUUUUCUUCGGGAGCAGAAGUCGGACGGACGCUUCGGACGGACGCACGGGAUUUUCACGACCUCCCCCACCUCCCCCCCUCACCCCCCCCCUAGCCCUGUCUGCUGAGACUGGUGUGGCUGUGAGCAAAUUUUCAACCAUUUUGCCAAAGGACCUGUACACUGGAGGGAUAAACAAAGGAUACGUUUCAAGAUGUAUCCACAAGGCCGACAUCCGGCUCCACAUCAGCCUGGCCAGCCUGGCUUCAAAUUCACCGUAGCAGAGUCUUGUGACAGGAUUAAAGAUGAAUUUCAGUUCCUGCAAGCCCAGUAUCACAGUCUUAAGGUGGAGUAUGACAAACUGGCCAAUGAGAAGACAGAGAUGCAGCGCCACUAUGUCAUGUAUUACGAGAUGUCCUACGGGCUGAACAUAGAAAUGCACAAGCAGACGGAGAUUGCCAAACGGCUCAACGCAAUUUUAGCUCAAAUUAUGCCUUUCCUGUCACAAGAGCACCAACAGCAGGUUGCUCAGGCAGUGGAGAGGGCUAAGCAGGUGACUAUGACUGAGCUGAAUGCCAUCAUCGGGGUACGUGGACUUCCCAAUCUGCCUCUCACCCAGCAGCAGCUCCAGGCACAACACCUCUCCCAUGCUGCCCAUGGGCCUCCAGUCCAGCUGCCACCUCACCCCUCAGGCCUGCAGCCCCCUGGCAUCCCCCCUGUGACAGGCUCUGGAUCAGGGCUGCUGGCAUUAGGAGCUCUGGGGAGCCAAGCCCACCUCCCAGUAAAGGAUGAAAAGAACCACCAUGAUCUUGAACACCGAGAGAGCACGAAUAACUCAAUAUCCCCAUCAGAAAGCUUACGCACAGCCAGUGAGAAGCAUCGCAGCUCCUCUGACUACAGUUUGGAUUCUAAGAAACGCAAAGUGGAGGAGAAGGACAGCAUGAGUAGAUAUGACAGUGACGGAGAGAAGAGUGAUGACUUGGUGGUGGAUGUGUCCAAUGAGGAUCCUGCCACUCCACGGGCAAGCCCAGCCCACUCACCACCUGAAAAUGGUAUUGACAAGCCCCGGCCCCCAAAGAAAGACACACCCAACAGCCCUGCAUCAGUGGCAUCCUCUGGAAGCACCCCAUCCUCCAAGGCCAAGGAGCUCAGUCAUAAUGACAAAUCCUCCACGCCUGGUCUCAAAUCCAACACCCCUACCCCCCGAAACGAUGCCCCCACCCCUGGCACCAGCUCCACUCCUGGGCUCAGACCCAUCCUGGGCAAGCCACCAGGCAUGGAAGCUCUCGCAGCGCCAGCUUUGCGCACACCUCUAUCCAUUGCAGGUUCCUAUCCUACCCCCUUUGCUAUGAUGGGUCAUCAUGAAAUGAACGGAGGCCUGACUAGUCCCGGGGUGUAUGCUGGUCUUCACAUCUCCCCUCAGAUGAGUGCUGCAGCAGCUGCAGCCUAUGGACGCACUUCCAUGGGAUUUGACCCUCACACCCACAUGAGAGCCCCGGGCCUCCCAGCGAGCCUCACAUCAAUUUCUGGCGGCAAACCAGCUUACUCCUUCCAUGUCAGUGCAGACGGACAAAUGCAGCCCGUGCCCUUCCCACCCGACGCCCUGAUUGGCCCCGGUAUUCCCCGCCACGCCCGUCAGAUCAACACACUCAGCCACGGCGAGGUGGUCUGUGCUGUUACCAUUAGCAACCCCACGCGUCAUGUUUACACUGGUGGCAAAGGCUGUGUAAAAAUCUGGGAUAUGAGCCAACCUGGCAGCAAGAGCCCCGUGUCCCAACUGGACUGUUUGAACAGGGAUAACUACAUCCGCUCCUGUAAGCUACUGCCUGACGGUCGCACAUUGAUUGUCGGAGGCGAGGCCAGCACACUGACCAUCUGGGAUCUGGCCUCUCAGACACCACGCAUCAAAGCUGAGCUCACCUCCUCAGCCCCGGCGUGCUAUGCCUUGGCCAUCAGCCCCGAUGCCAAAGUCUGUUUCUCCUGCUGCAGCGAUGGAAACAUUGCCGUUUGGGACUUGCAUAACCAGACUCUCGUUAGGCAGUUCCAGGGUCAUACGGAUGGUGCUAGCUGUAUUGACAUAUCCCACGAUGGCACUAAGCUGUGGACGGGUGGUCUCGAUAACACUGUUCGCUCCUGGGAUUUGAGAGAGGGUCGACAGCUGCAGCAGCAUGACUUCACUUCACAGAUCUUUUCUUUGGGCUACUGUCCGACUGGCGAGUGGCUUGCUGUGGGAAUGGAGAGCAGCAAUGUGGAGGUGCUCCACCAUUCAAAGCCUGACAAGUAUCAGCUCCACCUGCACGAAAGCUGUGUCCUCUCCCUCAAGUUUGCCUACUGUGGUAAAUGGUUUGUAAGCACUGGGAAGGACAAUCUGUUGAAUGCUUGGAGGACUCCUUAUGGUGCCAGCAUAUUCCAGUCCAAGGAGUCCUCAUCUGUCCUUAGCUGUGACAUUUCAGCAGACGACAAGUACAUUGUGACAGGCUCUGGUGACAAGAAGGCCACUGUGUAUGAAGUGAUCUAUUAGAACAGACUGCUUUGGAUCAGAGCAUGCUCGUGCUCAGGAACAGUAGACACUUCCUCCAUCCUCCUUCCCUCACACAGACAGCAUGGAUGUUGCCUGCAGCCCUGAGGUGGAUGGGCAGGAAGUUUGACAGCACCAGUCUGAAGUGGACGGUGGUGCUGUUGUGGCACUGGAUGCUGUGUCCUCCGGCUCUGCCCUUCCUCACUCAUACAACUAACACUUGUACAGCGAGUGCAGUCUCCCAAGGCACCGAGAAGAAAAUAAUGUCUUGCUGUUUUUCUGUUUGUUGGAUAUUUCUUUUUUUAUUCGUCCUUUUUAAUGUGGAGAUAAAGUUCCGUGACACAAGUAGAAGCGGCGCUUCGCUCUGGAGCUUCUCCUUGGAGGUCCUGUGAAAAGUGUACAUAAUGGAGUAAUAAAAGGCCUUUUAUAGAUUUAUAUUUUGGUGUCCAGUUACGCUUGUGAUGGUUCUUUCUUGUUCUCUCCGUGAUUUUCUGUCCCCUCCGGGGAUGGAAAUUAGAUUAGGACUUUGUAAGAGGAUAUUCUAUUUCAGUUUUUUCCCUCCUUGGCUUUUUUUUUUUUUUUUUUUUUUUU